AAACUUAUGUUAUUGUUUACUCACAAACACACGCCUUAUCAGUUAUCAAUCGCGAUAAUAUCCCGAUUACCUAGAUUAUUACUCCUAUUAGUCAUCAGUUACCGUUCUCUCAUUAUAAACACCCGUUUAAUCGCGUGAAAUAUGGCUAGAAGGUACGAUCCUGCACAGUCCACCCAACUUUUGGAAACGAAUUUAGAUCGCACAAAGUCUCGGUCUAAUUACAGCGUGCAGUCGAUACAAUCCGUUUUGGAAUCCGAAGCUGACGUUGAUUCUAGGAGUUGCUUCGAAAAAUGCCUCACUCGGAUACCCUACGCUACCCUCAUAGCCACCAUUAUGUGCGCUUUGGGAGUGGUGAUAUUCUGCGGUACGAUGUACAGGGGGGCCACUUUGUCCGUGCUGAUGUUCACCGAGAUAUUCAACAUACAACUGUUUUGGGUUGAUGCUGUUAAAAUGACGUUCGUACUGAUCGGAGCUUGCAUGGGGGCCCUCGGUUUGAUGAUUCUCACAGUGGGAUUCCUGGCUACUGGAGCAACGAGGCACAAAGUGUACAGGGGAUGGGGAUGGAGAGUCAGCGGUAGACUUACUUGCGCUGUCUUUAUGUGCGUCACGUACGUGUUACAAUUGGCCUGGCUGUUGAUGUUCUGCUUUCUGGUAAUGGCCACGUUUGUGUUUACGAUAUUCUGGAAGAUGUGCGAGAAUCCCAGAGUGGCCUCUUUCCAAGACGACAUCGACUUGACGCAGUUCUAUUUCAUGUUUCCGGCCGAUAUGAGACAGGAGCACAUGAAGGUGUCGGGGGAGAGCGCCGUCAAGGCCUUUUGCAAGGAUUAUGUGGAAAAAGUGGAGAUUAUGUUCAUUUUAGCCACCGUGGCUUCGGUGCUUGUGAUACUAAGUUUGCUGCACUACCUGAUGUGUCUCUCGGCGAAUUACGCUCACAUUAGAGAUCAAGACAAGUUUUUGCAAUUUCAAGAUUUGCAAAUGCUCAACGAUCACGAACUGUUGGCCGGGAAAGAUAGAUUUUAGGAUACGGCCCGGGAAAUACACAUGCCUGAAAUCAGUUGGCAAAUCAUGAAUACGAACAAUCGGUGAUAGGCAUCGAUUCGAUGUUAAAGUCCCGAGAAAAGAGUCUUCCUUUAGAUGUAGGAAUGUGUCUUUUUUUAUAUUUCAGCACAAAUUUUAGGCAUUUGCGUUUCCUGGGUACCUUUUUGUAAUAAGUAAUAAGCAUAUCGUACAUUGACCUAUCAUAGUUAAUUUAAGUCCGUCCAGUUAUUCAAUAGUUUUGUAGCUUACAAUUCUUAUUUUGUAAUUGUAUGACCGAAAUGUUUCUUGUCAAAAACGUAUUUAUUCGCAACUUUUGUACGUUAUAAGUAGUAAAUGUAGCAGCAUGAUGAAUAUAACUUGAUACAUGCAAAUGUAACAUGUAAUUUAGUUUAUUCAUCAGAUAUGUAAUGUAAUUAGGAGCUCAAAUUGUUGACUUUGAUAGUUAAUCGCAGCACCCUAUUUUUUUAUUGUACCUUUAUCAUUUUUUAUAUAAAACAAGGCAAACACCGUAUACUUAACA